UGUUGCGCAAUUGCACCCUUCACCACCAAAUCAAACCUCUCUCAAAUUAAAAUUUAUACUGAGUUUUAGUGACCAAAUCAGUGACAUGAGCUUACUUCUUUACUCAGAUUCCCUACCUUUAACCCAUAAAAUCUCUAUUUCUUCUAAAGUUUUUGGCUUUAUAUAUACCCAUAAUUUUACUAACCAUUUCCAACCUUCACUCUCAAUAUACCCAAUUCAACGUACCCUUGACUCUUUCUACGAAUCCCAAAUUUCUUUCUCAUUUACUUCCUCUAAUUAUACCAAUUACCUUAAACUUAAAGUACCCAUCUUUGGUUCAUAUCCCUUAAAAAUGGCUACUUGUGUUCAUACACCCACAAAAAAUUGUGAUUCAGAUACAUCUAAAUCUGAUCACCAUCGUUUUAGAUACAUAAAUUAUUGUAGACCCACUUUUUCUGAUCUUGUUUCUUGUGCUACCCUUUGCCCAAAUCAUGAAAAACCAAAGGAAUUUACCCAAGAUGUUGAGCCAAAAAAGGAGGAUGAUUUAUGGUUAAAAAUAGUGGAAGAAGCUAAAAAUGAUGUUGAGCAAGAACCUAUAUUGUGUACUUACUAUUACAAUUCAAUUCUUUCUCAUAAAUGUUUGGAAACUGCUUUGGCUAAUCAUUUAUCAGCUAAAUUAAGCUUUUCAAGCUUAAAUUCAAAUACCCUUUUUGAUAUAUUUGUGGGUGUUCUUAUUGAAAAUAAGGAAAUCAUUAAAGAUGUUAUUGCAGAUUUAAGGGCAGUUAGAGAAAGAGACCCUGCUUGUAUAAGUUAUGUUCAUUGUUUCUUGAACUUUAAAGGGUUUUUAGCAUGUCAAUCUCAUAGAAUUGCCCAUAAAUUAUGGUCACAAGGAAGAAAGAUUCUAGCUUUAUUGAUACAAAAUAGGGUUUCUGAGGUUUUUUGUGUUGAUAUUCAUCCAGGAGCAAAGAUUGGAAGAGGGAUAUUGUUUGAUCAUGCUACAGGUGUUGUGAUUGGUGAAACUGCUGUAAUUGGGAAUAAUGUUUCAAUUUUGCAUAAUGUAACAUUGGGUGGGACUGGUAAAACUUGUGGGGAUAGGCACCCAAAAAUAGGGGAUGGGGUGUUAAUUGGUGCAGGAACUUGUGUAUUAGGGAAUGUUAAAAUUGGGGAUGGUGCAAAAAUUGGUGCUGGUUCAGUUGUUUUGAAAGAAGUUCCACCAAGAACUACUGCUGUUGGGAAUCCUGCUAGACUUAUUGGAGGUAAACAAAACCCAAUUAGACUUGAUAAGAUACCUAGUUUUACUAUGGAUCAUACUUCUCAUAUUACUGAAUGGUCUGAUUAUGUAAUUUAGGGAAAUUUGAUUGGGUAUGUUUGUAUGUUUGUUUAUGUGUAAUGGGAAAUGUAAAAGGGGGUUUUGAAUGAACAUAUUGGAUGAUUAUCAUCAUCAAUAACAAGAACCCGAUUAGAAUAUAGGCUGAGGAGAUUAGAGAAGCUGAUAUUUGUAUAUGCUAUUUCUAGUUCCUUUUGUUCUGCUUGUGGUAAUAAGAUUAUAGUUAAUUAAUGUAUUACUCCAAGUAUGCUAAUGUUGUUUGGUAUGCUAUUCAAAAUUUGGGUUUUCAGUCGUUUUGCGAUUGAUGUUUGCCACCGAUGUUCCAUCGAAAAUAACAUAUUUACUAGUGAUUAUGAUUGUGUAUAUUUAAC